UAUUAAACGUUGUGCCCAAAGUUUAAUACAAGGGCGGGAACUUUAUACAUCACCGCCUCACUGCUGCUACCAGCUUUCCUCACACGAUUGAUCCGUCAUGGAGAAGUAUGCAGUUCCGGUGGCUCCGAUCGGUGAAAACCCUAGGCCGAUUGCAAGGUCGCACUGGAAAAGAAGCCUCAUUCAAUUGACCGGAAAAUCCGAUCGCCAUUACCUUCACGACGUCGCCCCACGCCUGAUGCAAUCGUAUUCCGAAGUUGCAUGUACAUCCCUGAGAAAUAACGAAGUUCUUAUAUUUGACAUUGGGUAUGCUUCCUCUGAACCAACUGAGGUGUUAAGAAAAAGGUCUGCUGUCAGUGUUCAUGGUAGUAGUGUGCGACUAGGUUUAUCUGACAUAGCCUUAUCAAAUGACGAUGCAAGGGUACUUGCUUCUGACACAUGUGGAGUAAUAAGUAUCUGGGACAGGAGAGCAAGCAAUCGUCCACAAUCUGGGCUUACAACUAAUGCGACUUACGGUCUCACCAGCAUCCAACUAGACGAGAAUCAAUGCGUGAUUGGCGCUAGUAAGAGUGGCUUUAUAUAUAUAUGGGAUCUACGUGGUGGAAGAUCGUCAGCUGCUUUUCAAAGUCACAAGGAGGCAUACUCUCUUCCUCUAACAUCAGUAAGGUUAUCAUCUAUGCUGAAUAAAAUACGGCCUCUGAAGGCACAAUCAAGUAUUCUACCUAAAGAAAUUCAGUCUAUCAACAUUAAUCCAUCUUGUCCAUAUCAGUUGGGGUUCCAUCUUGAUGAUGGUUGGUCAGGUGUUUUGGAUUUGCAUAAUUUCCAAGUGUCACAUAUUCAUUGCCCUCCUCCUACGUGGCUGGAUCAAUUAAACGCUGCACUCUUUAUAUCCCUAUCAAGGAAACCAUCAUGGCUACCUAAACACUCUAUUUAUGCAGUUGGGUCGACUUCAAGCAAUGGCCUGCACCUUUUAGAUUUCUAUCCACACACCAGCUCCCCGUGCCAUGUGGAUUACGAUGACUCAAAGAAUCCCAGUGAGACCUUUGAGUGUAAACAAAAUGUAUUUGUACCAUUAUCUGGACAUGUUACGGCUUGUGCUGCUCAUCCUCUUAAUGGUACCAUUGUUGCUGGAACCGCGGUGUGUAUACAUACAUACACUUGAAGCCUCUUUAUUAAUGAUUUCUCAAAAGCACCUUUGCAAGAAAGGAGACGGCAACGAUGAUGAGCAUUCAUGAAAGACAAUAAACCCUGGAACUGUCAAACUGCUAUUGCGAGUGUUAUAAUAGAGGAAUGGGAUAUCUUGAAGAUGAUGACUUUGCAUAAAUAAAGUUGGUUCAAAAGUAAGAUGUGUCCAAAGGUUUCAGAGGCUAUUGUUGCUGUUUAGGAUCCAUAGAAUAAUGUGAAUGUAUGAUGGAUGUAUCGUAUAUGAUGGAAUCCCCUUUCUUCCCUUAAUUGGGAAUGAAUGGUGUGGAUUUGAUGAUUUAUACAAGUAGAGCUUUUGGAGACA